AGGCCGUCACGAUAGAGCUGACCACGAUGCAGGCGCGGCCGAGGUCCGAGACGGAGGGCUCGCUGCUGGAGGAAGAGCAGGCCAAGGUGGAGGCUGCUACCAGAUGGCGACGCCCCUCGGCCGAGCUCCCGCAGCUGGACCGGGGCUGGCACCUCCAGGGCGAGCAGGAGCGGCGCCGGCUGAGCAGGUGGGCCGACUCGGCGGAGCGCGGCCCGGCGCAGGCCGCCCGGCCCGCGGGCGCCCCGCUGCUGCCGAAUGUGGACGACGACGGCGCCAGCUCGGGCUCGUGGUGCUCCCUGGGAGGCGAGCGGCAGGAGAUUGGAGGCGAGCUGCCCGGAGGCAGCGCGACGCUCGUCGAGCGGCUCGCGCGGGCGCUGGAGCAGAAGUGCGGGGCCGCGGGCGCCGUGGAGGUCCAGCAGUUCUUGGACCAGAACAGGCUCGAGGUCGCGGAGGCGCUGAGCAGGUUCGGCUCCAGCGGGGAGCUCAAGAAUGGGGAGCCGCUGCCAGCAAGCUGCUUCAACGACUUCUACAAGUGGACGAUGCUCCCCGUCGUGAUGGCCGCCGAGCGCGCCUGCAGAGGCGUGCGUUGCACGUUCAGUGUGAACAUCCGCGACCCGGAGUGCCGAAAGCAGCUCCACGACUCUGCCGUCGGCGCCGCGAGCCCGGACCUCUUCGAGGAGCUCCUGAGCCGGCUCCACGGCCUGACAGAGCGGAUGUUCGACCGUCCCCUCUUCGAGCAGUGCGCGAGAGAUAAUCAGCUCCCGCGCUGGGGCGCGGACACCUUAGACGCGGUCUGCGGCCCCGCGGGGGCACCCCGCGCGCUCGUCCAGGAGUUCAGGGCGGACGCGAGCUGCAGAGUGCCCGCCGCGCCGGACCGCGAAGGCUCUGUCCUUGUCCAGGUCUUCGUGGCGCGGGACGAGAAGCUGGACCAGGAUCGGGUCUACAUCGAGGCCACCGGCCCCUGGCACAGGGUCACGUGGCUGGAGACCUCAAUGAUGCAGGUCGUCUACGAGUGCCUACUCCGAGCCCGGAUGAGGCAGCGAUACCGCAUCUCCAGAUCGUCUUCGGGCUCGUGGGACGACAGCGCCUGGUUCGCGGACUGGCUGGCCGAGGCCAUGUGCCGCUGCGCGAGGAGUACCAAGGUCUGCCAGGAGUCCGGACUGAGGGGCGCGCUCUUCACAGGGCGGCGCACGGGCGGGCUGGCGCUGAUGGUCUUGCAGGGCAUGUACGUGCAGCAGGCGUUCCGCUCCCCCGACGGGGCUUCCAUGCUCCUUGGGUCGUCUUCUGUGACCUCGCACUACUUCAGCCUUGCCGCGGGCGUCGACCCCGCGCGCGUGCCGGCGUGUGCGGGGACGCACGCGCACGAGCUGCAGAUGACGCUGGCAGCGAUCCUCGGCGACCUGGACGACCAGUGCGGGCUGCCCCUGUCGCACGUCGUGGCCCACGUGCUGUACUUCUUCGUGAGCCGGCCGCAGGGCGACGUCAGGGAGAGAGCACGGAAGGCCCUGAUGCCCAUGCUCCCUGACACGAUAGGCAGCCGGGCCUUCCUGCGGACGGCCGCGAAGCUCAGCGUUCCCUUCGGGGUGCACAGGGGCGAGCCCGUGCUCUCCAUCUUCGGCGCCGCGCGCCAGGACUCUGGGAGCCUCCAGGGCUUCAGGGACAUCAUGGGCGAGUUUGGCUACGAGGGCGACCUCAUGGCCUCGGAGAUCGAGACUGCCUCGGACGUGGUAGAGGCCUCGAGGGUCGGUUACGGGCUCUUCGGCGCGGGGGGAUUCCUGGGCGACUCGGAGAAGGCCUGGGACGGCGCGCGGACGAACAUCAGCAUGGCUGUGAAGGUGCUGCGCGUCUAUGUCGGCGGCUCGGCCGUGGCCAGCGCUUUUCCGCCAGUGAAGACUGGUGAGGUCGGCGACGAUGGCAGGAUGAAGGAGGACAAGCUCGAGAUCGACGGGACCCUGCCCCGCGAGAAGCUCGAGCAGGCGCGCCGGCGGACCCAGGCUCUGUGCGAGGCGGCGCCCAAGGUGUCCGAUCAGGAGCUCCAGGGGCUUUUCGAGGGUGUGCUUCGGAAGUUCCUCCCGAGCGAGUUCCUCGUCUAGUCGGGGGUCGCCCGACGAAGACAUCCGAGGCCUGACGCGCAGCGUCAGUGAGGAGAGCAUGCCGAGUAUGGGCGGCUUCCCUGGGAGCCGACGGAGCGUCCGAGCACGGAUGCAGAGCCUGCGUCUCGUCUUGGUCAAGGCGCUGGACGUCCGGGGCUCUCGUUGCGGGCGGAAAAUGGCCAAAGACUCGGCGUCGUGCUUCUUUUUCGCAGCGGGA